AUGGCGACCAACGCACCCGAAUCUGCUAUAGGGACUCCUCAAGAACACAUUCCAACUUGUGACAAACAUAGCAAACGAAUUGAUAUAUUAUGCGAGGAUUGUGAUGAAUUUAUUUGUUCCAAGUGUGUGAAAACUGAGCAUAAGGAUCAUAACUGGGACACACUAGCUAACGUAGCUAGCCAGAGAAGGGAAGAUCUCUUAACGUACCUUACAGAGAUAAAGGACGAAGACAUACCGAAGCUAACAGAAAUGAAGAAAAGCAAUGAAAAAACCCUGAAAAACAAAUUAAGCAAAACAAACGAACAAAUAAUAUCUCUGAAAUCUCAGAUGGACAAGAAAAAAUCCCAGCUUGUUGACACCAUGGAAUUCAUUGAGAACAACAGCAGAAAUAUGUCAGAUUUCCACCUGAUCGACAACUUGAAAAUUCUGAAACAGUUACUGUCUGAUAUUAAAGGCAUUAAAGAUCCUUUAGAAUACGAUGGUGGAAAAUUGUUUGAUGAUUUGCAUCAAACUUGGUCAAUUGAUGCCAUUGCUGAUGAAGUAGGAUUUCUUCAAAACGGAGAAAAUCCAAUACGUACACUUGAGCUUCCCGAGACGCAUUACUCAGAAUGGUAA